CGCCCUUCCCGAGUGAGGGCAAGAGAAGGGCUACAGGGCUUCGGCCGCCGCUACCGGGCAUGCUCGGGAAGGGUGGCGCAUGCUCAGUGAAGUACUCGGCAUGAAGAACACCUUUCCUCUUCUUUUCUUUUAAAGGGUUGCGCUGGGGCCUUCGGCUCCCCGCUGACGAAGAGGGAAAGGACAGGCUUCUUCCGGAGAACAGAGAAGAAAUGAACUGGAGGGUGAUGCUGACGCUGGAGAACUUGGGCCAGUUGCAUCGUGCUUGCCGGCAGCUGCACUCCCUGGCUUAUGGGAAAGUACACCGAACACAGUGGAAGCCUGUCUUGUCAUCUGCCUACCCCAUGUGCCCAGUUCAGCUGCACCCCCUGCUCUGGCAGCCAGACACCAGCUCACAAUUUAGGCUUUUAACAACCAAGGAGAGAAAGAAAUCUGCCAAGGAGAAACAGCGACCUGUACAACCAAAAGCAGAGAAGCAGGAGGUUGAGAUAAUGUCCAGGAUGACCGUGGAAGACCUUGCAAAAGCCAUGCAUAAAGACAUAGAUCAUAUAUACGAAGCCUUGCUAAACACGAGCAUUGAUAUAGAUGCACUAGAACCUGACUCAGUCCUGGAUGAAGUGUUGAUCAAGGACAUCGUUAAAAAAUCCGGCAUGAAACACAAAUGGGCCAAGUUGAAAGAAGACAAAAUCAAAGAAAACAAAGAUGCCGUAAAGAGGCCUCCUGCAGAUCCUGCUUCAUUAACUCCAAGGCCUCCAGUUGUUACCAUCCUGGGCCACGUCGACCACGGGAAAACCACGUUGCUUGACAUGCUGCGGAAAACUCAGGUGGCAGCAAUGGAAGAAGGAGGCAUCACCCAGCAUAUCGGUGCCUUUCUUGUACAUUUGCCUUCUGGAGAAAAAAUAACAUUUCUGGAUACUCCUGGCCAUGCUGCAUUUUCAGCCAUGAGGGCGAGAGGUACAUAUGUCACGGAUAUUGUCAUAUUGGUGGUAGCCGCAGAAGAUGGCGUAAUGAAGCAGACUGUGGAAUCUAUUGAACACGCUAAAAACGCCAAAGUUCCAAUUAUCGUUGCCAUUAAUAAAUGCGACAAACCUGAAGCCGACCCGGAUAGAGUGAAGAAAGAGCUUCUGGCUCACAAUGUGGUUUGCGAAGAAUAUGGAGGAGAUGUCCAGGCCAUCCAUGUUUCAGCACUGAAGGGUGACAACUUGAUGGCUUUAGCAGAGGCAACAGUGGCUCUUGCGGAGGUGUUGGAACUGAAGGCAGACUCUACGGGCCCCGUGGAAGGCACCAUCAUAGAGUCUCGCACAGAUAAAGGAAAAGGUCCAGUGACCACUGCCAUCAUCCAGAGAGGCACUCUGAGAAAGGGCUGUAUUCUGGUUGCAGGGAAAAGCUGGGCCAAAGUGCGUAUGAUGUUUGAUGAGAACGGCAAGGCCAUGGAAGUUGCCCCUCCAAGCAUGCCAGUGGAGAUCGUGGGAUGGAAGGAGGUUCCUUCAGCUGGAGAGGAAAUAAUUGAAGUAGAGUCUGAGCAAAGGGCUCGUGAAGUUGUCGAGUGGAGAACCUACGCCGAGCAACAAGAGAAAGCGAAGAAGGACCUAGAGGUCAUCGAGGUGAAGCAGAAGGAGCACAGGGAUGCCUACAAGAAGGAGAGAGAGGGCAUGGAAAACAUGUCCUGGAAGCAGAGAAGGGCAGCGGUGUACAAGAGCAAAAAGCAUCUCCUGGUUAUACGACCGAAAGAAAAAGCAGAGAGUGACAAAAAUGUGCUGCACAUCAUCAUCAAAGGUGACGUUGAUGGUUCUGUGGAAGCCAUCUUGAACAUCCUGGACACCUACGACGCCGACGAGGAGUGUGAACUAGACGUGGUCCACUGUGGGAUUGGGGAUAUUAGCGAAAAUGACAUAAACCUCGCAGAAACAUUUAAAGGUGUUGUAUACGGGUUCAAUGUGAACGCAAAUAAACCUAUUCAACAGCUGGCUGCCAAGAAGGGAAUAAAGUUGAAAAUGCACAAAAUCAUCUACCGGCUUGUUGAAGAUUUACAGGCGGAGCUGAGCAGCACCCUGACCUGUUCUCUAGAGGAGCACGUGUUGGGAGAAGCUGUUGUUUUAGCAGUCUUUGAUGUCACAGUUGGAAAAAGUACAGUUCCAGUAGCUGGCUGCAGAGUACAGAAGGGGCAGCUGGACAGAAAGAUGAAAUUUAAAUUAAUUCGUAAUCAAGAAGUUAUUUGGACAGGAUACCUAUCGUCAAUGAAGCACCAUAAAAAUGAUGUCCCCAUAGUCAAGACUGGCAUGGAUUGUGGGCUCAGUUUGGACAAGAACAUAGCAUUUCAAGUGGGAGAUGAAAUUGUUUGUUUCAAUGAAAAGGAAAUUGAGCAGACGAUCUCUUGGGAACCAGGAUUUUAA